ACAAAACGGAAGUUAAAGGAACUAUGAAAGUCAAACUGUAGCAUGGUGAGCUGUGUUUUCAAGUAACCUACAGUAGAAAAAUGUCGGGGUACGGUUUAUUUAGGAUAGCCACGUUAACAAAAUGUAUCACAUCCAACGCCACAACGUCGCUGUGCAGGACGAACAUAUUAAAUAGAAUACAGACAUGUGGAUAUGCAAAGAAAGUGGCGGCCAAAGGGAAAGGUAAAGGCUUUCUAAAAGAAGAGCUCAAGGGUCCAGAAGUGUGUAAAGACCCUGUCAGACUGUGCACUCACGCAGUAGGGGCCAACAUCUUCAAACAAGGAGAUGACCCCCAGCUGAAGCCUCCUGAGGAAUAUCCAGAGUGGUUGUUCCAGUUGAACCUGGGAGAACCCAAAAAGUUGUCGGAGUUGGAGCCAGAUACCUGGGAGUACGGGAAACGUCUGAGGAAGGAAAACAUUUGGCGUAACAACAGACUAAAAAAAGGAAAGAAGUUUUAGGCCUUCAGUGGACUGGCAGAGGGCUUCUUCGGACUCUGUGGACUGAAUUACUUGACAUGGUGUAAGAUCAGAGCCAGAGUUCAGCUUCCUGAAUGAAACUCCUGAGCUCCUGAAUGAAAUAUCGUUCCACCAACUCUUUGCCGCUUCCAGCCUGUUAAGUUAAAUCAUGCAGCAUAUUCAACGGCCCUCAGGUGACAACACUCGGAAGCUCAAGAAAGCCCUCCCUUUCCUCUCUUCAUUGCUGGUUAUGUUAAUAAGGUGAAAAAACACAAGACCUAAUACUCACAAUGUAAUGGAUUCCAACGUAUGGCCAAAGGAAGGCCACAAUAAUUUAAAAGUUUCAACAAAAACUGAUGUUGGAAAAAGCAUUUGGACAAAGAACCUCACCACUAGGUCCAUUUAGCACUUGUUCUGAAACUUUCAGUUGUAUUAAGGUAUAUAAAAUGAUGCUUGAUACACCGUUCCAUACUGUAAAAAGAACAAGUCCAUAGCAAACAAAAUAAACAAAUUCUGAUUAAUAACCUGCAUAUAGUGCUGGUAGUUUCUCAAGGUCACUUUCUUCCUUUUUUGUUUCAUCCGUGCAGCCUUGGGUUGGUUCAGGGAUACUGCCUUGCAUUGAAUCAAUUUGUACACAUUUCUAUUUUUCCUGUUUAAAUAAAAGAAAUCCAUAUCUGAAGAGAAAUUCCCUCCACACAUUUCCACAAAUUCACUUUGUUUUGUUUCUUUGCUUGUAAACAUAUUAUUAAUAAAUAGGAAUAUGUAACUGUCCUGCAAA